UGGAUUUGUUUCCGCUGCAUCACAAUGGGACUCUUUAUUUCUAAUAAUUAACACCUGCCUUUUAUUUAGCAAUAGACCUUCAAACAUCAUCUCGCUGGGUCCUCAUGAUAAUGCAAGGAAGGAUAGGGUAUUACUGUUCCCAUUGCAAAGAAAGAAGAACUGGGCUUGAAAAAAGUUACAGAUCACUUUUAGGUGACCCGGAAAUCUACCACUACAUGCUAUUCCCAGAUGUUAGACCAAAUUGGUCCAGGACUAAAAUAAAUGAAAUGUGCUUCCUCAUUCCUUUUCAUCCAAUUGGGGUUUCAUUGUCCUGGUUGUGUGAUCGCUGUGUCUGCCCCGGGUGUGUGGAUGACCUGGGCGGGAAGGGGUGAGUGCCCUGCAGGUAGGUAGGAGGACCACUGAGUGGAAAAGUGUGAGGUCAGUGCAAAGGCGAGCUUAGAAUGCCUUUAGAAACCUACUUGUAAGGUUGCCAAGAACUCUGGGAGUGUCUGCCUGUCUGUAGGAAUUGGUAGAGGAGAGGGUGGCUUCGCUUCUGCUGCCUGUGGCUCCCUGGGAGCUGGGACCCUUCCCGUGAUCUGUGCAUUGAUCUCACUGUCCCUGGGAAACAGGCCACCGUCUCCACUGAGAAGACAGAACCUGAGAAGCUGAUUUGCUCUAGGACCACACAGUGAAUGGAAGCCCAGGGUUUCUGUCAGAAAGCUCAGGGUUGACUGUAUGAGUAUGACUGUAUGACUGUAUGUGUAUGUAUGAGGGGUGAGAGAAGGAGAAAAACUCAUCCAAUUUUUACCAACUGUUCUCUGGAGUGUCUUGAGGAGGGAGCUGCAGAACAAUGAUUUGGAAGUUGGGCUUUGCAUUCAGCUUAUUCUUGGCUUUGCAACCUUCCAGGAAUGACCCCUGGGCAGGUAAUUUAACUUCCCUGAGCCUCAGUUUUCCUCAUCUCUAAAAUGGGUUCAGUGACAUUCCCAGCUCAUAGGGUUGGGGUGAGGAUUAAGAGUGAUAAUUCAUAUAAGGUAAGGGCCCAGGCAUGAGCUGUGGAUGUUGUUACACCAACCGAGGUUGCAAGAGGCCCCCACUCACCUGCUUCCUUCCCGUUUUUUUUUCUCCCCACUCAGACGUGAAGAUGGAUGGACAGAACUGGACCUUUGCCUUUGAUUUCUCUUUCCUGGGCCAAGAAGAAGAUCUGGCAUGGGCUGAGCUCCGGCUGCAGCUGUCCAAGCCUGUGACCCUUCCUCCUGACAUCCCGCUCUCCAUUGAGAUUUUCCACCAGCCGAGGCUGGACGAGGAUCAGGUCCCACCCGACUGCCUGGAACGUCUCCAGAUGGACCUGUUCACUGUCACUCUGUCCCAGAUUACCUUUUCCUCGGGCAGCAUGGUCCUGGAUGUGACCAGGCCACUCUCCAAGUGGCUGAAGCACCCUGGGGAGCUGAGGGAGCAGAUGUCCAGCUUGGCUGGCGAGUGUUGGCGGCGGCCUCCUUCACCACCUGUCACCAACGUGCUCCUCAUGCUGUACUCCAACCUCUCUCCAGAGCAGAGGCGGCUGGGUGGCUCCACCCUGCUGUGGGAAGCUGAGAGCUCCUGGCGGGUCCAGGAGGGUCAGCUCUCUCGGGAGAAGGGAAGGAGGCACCGCCGAUAUCACCUGCAGGACAGAAGCCAACUGUGUCGGAAGGUCAAGUUCCAGGUGGACUUCAACCUGAUCGGAUGGGGCUCCUGGAUCAUCUACCCCAAGCAGUACAAUGCCUAUCGCUGCGAGGGCGAGUGUCCCAACCCUGUGGGGGAGGAGUUCCAUCCAACCAACCACGCAUACAUCCAGAGUCUGCUGAAACGGUACCAACCCCAUCGAGUCCCUUCCACCUGCUGUGCCCAGUGAAGACCAAGCCCUUGAGUAUGCUGUACGUGGACAAUGGCAGGGUCCUCUUAGACCAUCAUAAAGACAUGAUUGUGGAAGAAUGUGGGUGUCUUUGAAGAGUUCCUGCGGGCAUGUUGAAUUUGCCUGCACCUGGAAGGUUGGGAAGCUCCUGGAAGUCACAUAGCCAUCUAAUCCAAAGAGGAGAAACGACGAGGGGGAAAGGUGCUCUGUCCAGCAGACCUGAGGAGGAGGAGGAGGAGGAGGAGGGGCUGCCACCUUGUCCAUGAAGGGUCUGUGGAGUCUGGCUGGCACAGAGGCUGCUGUUGGGAGAGGAAGGAGGGGGCCUGUGAGGCAGGUUUGCUGGGUCUAAUCUUUGCUGAACAGACAGUGGCGCGUGAAAGCACCGGGGCCAGAGUCCUUUAGCUGACUUUCUUCAACCUGUGAACCCCUGGAAAUUAUAUGCAAGCGUUGGAGCAUAUGUGCAUUUAUCUUUGAGGUGAGCAAGGUUUGUCUGUCACGUUUGUGUAUUCUCAACAGUGACCUUUGACAUACACCGCCUCCCAUGCCCCAAGAUUAAGUAUCAUGAUGUGAAAUUAAAAACAGUCCAUUGGCUCUGGUUGCCCCUGGCUGGAUUGGGGAGCCCCUGCAGCUUUUUGGCUGGCCUGUAGCACUCUUGUCCAGAGGCUCUCUGGAGUGGAUCCUUGCUAAUGAGUUGUGCAAACAGUAAAGCCAUUGUAUAGUCCUCCUAAGCCAGCUGGUGCCUUUGAAGGGCGAGGCAGGAACUCGUCCAAGACAACUGGCCACAAUGGGCUAGAGAAGCCGGAGCCCUGGGGCAUCCUCAAGUCAGCCUGCUUUGGCAGACACGGUUUGGGUCUAUUAAAAGUUGGUGACAGUUUGCCUCAGUCUGUCAGUGUGUGCUAUUAAUGAGGCCUUGAGCUUCUUAUCCAUAGGGGUGAAGGCCCUGUGGCAGGACACAUAGGUCAUGGUCACGGCUCUGCCACUGAGAAGCUGUGUGACUCAAGAUGAAUAAUUCACUGCCCAGCCUCAUCUUGUGAAAUGAAAGCAGGUGGAUCCUAGUGCAUUUCUGUUAAAUGCCCUUUGUCAGGCUCACAGGAACCAUGAGCUUUCAGCCAUAGACUAGCCUCUGGACUUAACCCCAUCUCCCUCUAGAUCUUAAAAAGCCCAGGCCCUGCUGUAUCCCCUUGACUAACCUGUAUCGGUUCUUCUGUUGCUCUGGGUUCUAAGGCUGGCUUAAUUUUGGGUUCACGUAACACUGUAGCAAAAGAAACCCAAGCUUUCCAGUAGGAAGUUCUACCACCAAAAUACUUGGGCUCAAGUCUUCGCUUACUGGAUGAAAAGGCCCCAAAGAUAGUGAUUCUGCUUUUCUCUUAUCAGCUGGCCUUAUUGAGCACUGCCAAAACAGUGGCUCUAUUUUUGGUUUGGCAGGGCGAGGGGGCCAUUAUUAUUGGGAAUGCCAGUUCUACCCUGCAUUUUCUAAGAAGCCCAUCGACCAAUGCUCCAAACUUAGGGAAAAUGAUUCCAAUCGCAUGAGAACAAUUGUUGAGUUCAGAGGUGACUCAACCUUGACUUGGUUGAGUCAAGGUAGCAAUCCUGGCCCAGGCGGCAGUUGGCUAGACUGAGCCAGGCCUGGGCUUCUGAAACCUCAGUGCCCUGAUUCAGCAACAAAGCUGAUCCAGUUGCUCAUUCCCUGGAGUGGAAAUAACCUGCCCCCAUCCGCCCCCCCCAAUUCAGAAUCACAAGAGGGUUCUGCAUUUGACUCAGAAUAACUGUGGAGCUGGGAAGGUCAGUUGUUGUCUCAUCCUCUUUUCUAAGCGAGACCCCAUUGAGGCCUCGUGGCCUGACUCCACUACUAGGGGUGGUGGGGCCAAGUGCUGAGCUCUGGUCUCUGGAGACCAAGGGGCACCAUCCUUUAUAACCUCUAGAGGGGUCUGCGCUCCCUUAGUUUUGGGUCAAGGCCUUAGCCUCAGGCACCAGACUUUGAAAUCCCAGUUCCACCAGCGAAUUGAGGCUCAAUAGAGUGAAAACCCCAUCCCAGACCUUUAGAGCAUCCUCUUUAUUAAGUGGGUGUCCAACUGUUCUUUAUGAUUGGGGCCAGGAAAGCAAAAGGUCAAGUUAUCUGUGGCUGCAGCUUGUGGGAGUGUUUACAAUUAGCAACUCAGAGAACAAACCCCACUGAUGACAGGACAUUGCUUCAUAUCAAGCAGAAGACGCAGGCACAAAGGAGUGAAAGGACAUCUUGAUGACCCCUGCUGAAAGCCCAGUGUGCAGUGUGUCACCAGCAGUGCCAUUCUGCUGCCACGCUGGAGGUACUUGGGGCUGAGCCCAGCAACACAGCUCUGUGCUUUAGACCGUGGGUGGUGAAGGCUAAGCCUGAGGAGAUACUGCCUCUGAGAACUGAGUUCUGCCCUAACCUGGGGGCCAGGAAGGGGCUUUCAGAAAACAGUUGGAGGUAUUUUAAAUUGCUCUCAAGGCAAAGAGAUCGCCCUUUUCCUACAGUGCCAGUGCCAGUCAGUGGCUGAGGGGGGGAAUUGGAUGCUUUACUCUCCUUGGCAGGGGGAGUGAGCAGGGCUGGAAUAGGGAGGACUGGAAAAAAGAUAAAAGAAGCUCAGAAGCAGUUGUGACUCAUACAGAAGCACCACUGGGUUCACCUCUAUCUUGUAUUGUCUCCCCUUUUAUUAGCAGUAAAAAGUUGAUAUCCUAUUUGCCUUUGCAACAGAGAAAAGGACGUAUGAAAGUGCUUUCAAAAUUAUCUGGCCCCAUCUUCCCUUGAAGAGAUUUAAUUCUUCUAGCGGUUGCGUAAGGCUUCUGUACUCAAACUUGCACAUUCUGGGAAAAGCUGACCCCUGCUUGUCCCAAACUGAGAUGUACUUUCCAUGAUCUUGCUUGAGCCUCACAACCACCUAGGUAAGACCUACUUCUUAACCCUGUUUUUUUGAGAAGGAAAUCCAAGCUUAGAGAUGAAGAAUCUUGUUGAUAGAAUGUGGCCACUAUUAAA